AUGGGGUGGCUAUUUCGUGGCAAGGCCUUGCACCUGGCCCAAGCACUUCUCAUCGUUGCUCCCGCCUUUAUCGUCUUCGGUUACAACCAGUCAGGGCUGGGCCCUCUGGCCACUUUGCAGAGCUGGGUUGGCAUCUUCCCGCAGAUCGAUACCGUCAAUACCGAAGGUGCUCUGAAAUCAAAGAACUCUACCGCUAAGGGUGCCGUUAUUGCAUCCUACCAACUCGGUGCCCUGAUCGGUGCCCUCUCAUGUACAGCCUUGGGUGACCGACUGGGUCGCCGAAAGGUCAUCUUCAUCGGUGCUAUUCUCACUAUUAUUGGUUCAGUCCUUCAGACGGCUGCGUAUGGCCUCCCACAGUUCGUCGUCGGCCGUGUUAUUCUUGGGUUCGGCGUCGGCCAGUUUAGUGUCGCCGUGCCAGUAUGGCAGUCCGAGUGUACAUCUGCGAAGCAUCGAGGACAACACGUUGUCGUUGAUGGUAUCUGUAUCUGCUUGGGUUAUGUCCUGUGCAAUUGGAUCGAUUUUGGUAUGAGCAAGGUUGCUGGCAACCUCGAAUGGCGCAUCCCCGUCGCCAUCUCUCUGUUCUUUUCCGUGGUCGUCCUGGCAUCGGUAUUCCUCCUUCCCGAAUCCCCUAGAUGGCUUGUUUCUGUUGGCCGUGUCGAAGAAGCCACGGAGAGCCUUGCCGCCUACAAGGGUGUCCCUGACGAUGACAUGGCUGUCGGUAUCGAGAUUGCUGGUAUCGAGACCUCCCUCGAGGUCAGCGCUGACAGCGCUUCGCUGAUGGACAUCUUCAACCCCAAGAAGCCUGACGAGGAGCGUCUUCUUUACCGUUUCUGCCUCUGUGUUGCCCUGCAGUUCUUCCAGCAAAUGUGCGGUGGAAACCUCAUCUCAACAUAUGUCUCUACCAUCUUCGAGGAGAAUCUCAACAUGACGAGCGACCUGGCACGUAUCCUGUCAUCAUGUGCUAUGACAUGGAAGUUCCUUUGCAGCUUCAUUGCCUUCUUCGCCAUUGACCGUCUGGGCCGUCGCAAAAUCUUCAUGAUCAGUGGUGCUGGUAUGUCCGUUUGUAUGAUUGUGCUCGCCAUCACGAGCAGCUUCGGCGAAAACCACAAAGCGUCUGUCGUAUCAGCCGUCUUCAUCUUCCUCUUCAACUCCUUCUACCCCGUCGGCUUCUUGGGCGGUAACUUCCUCUACUGUACCGAGGUUGCCCCUAUGCGCCUGCGUGUCGCCAUGGCUGCCAUUUCCACCGGAAACCACUGGCUGUGGAACUUCGUUGUUGUCAUGAUCACCCCUGUCGCCCUUGACACUAUUGGAUACCAGUACUACAUCAUGUAUGCGGUCAUCUCCGCGUGUAUCCCCUUCUCCGUCUACUUCUUCUACCCCGAGACAAUGAACCGCAACCUGGAGGCCCUGAACUCCGUCUUCCGCGAUGCCCCAACACCCUGGCACAUUGUUUCCAUGGCCCGCAACCUGCCCCAGGGUGAGGCUGCCGAGGUCGAGGUAUGGAAGCACACCGAGGAGAAGGGUGCGAUUGAGCAGAAGGAGAAUGCUUAG